AUGUAACCAUAUUUCUUCCAGGGUGAACAAUAGUUUGCAUUCCAACUAGAAUCGGAUAUCCAAAGUAAAUAUUAUACAAGAUUUCUUCAAGAAUAUAUGCCAUAUUAGAAUUACAAUGAAUUUGCUUAUCUGCCCUAGUUCUCUUAUCCUGCCCCAUUCCCUGGAUACUCGGUUGAUUGUUUUCCUGAAAAUGAAGUCAUACAUCAACAGAAAUACAAAAAAAGCAAGAAGAUCAAGAAUACUGAUUCCAUAGGAUUACUUCCAAAAACUCUCGAGUUUGCAAAGCAUGCGAUCGAAGAGCCUGCUCAAUCUCAAGCACAGAGAGAUCAAAUGUACCUAAUCCAUUUAUUUAUCCAUAGACCCAAAUAAAUCACUCCUUAUUCGAUGUUUCAUUGCAUUUAAGGAGCUCCUAUGCCCAAAUUAUAAUCAGACAUCAUUUCAAAUCAGGAAGCUCAAGGAUCUCAAGAAGGAUCCCAACAAACACAAAAAUAAAAAGGCUAGCAUCAAUCAACCAAGAAACCAAAAAAAGAACACAUUAACACUGGACAUUGGUCCACAGAAGAGCAUACAACUUACAUAGGCUUUCUUUAAUAGUAUGAAAGUAUUAUGACUUCUUCUAUGAUGAAAAAAACCUCCAAAAUAUUCAAAUAAAUGAGCGAACUUAUUGGCACAAGAACUCCCAGUCAAUGCAGAAGCCACCAUUAAAAAUUUAAUCCUUAUGCUUUGAGGGGGGAAAAUGGGAAACGCUUGCCUCGCACCGAAAGAAGCAGAGCUGGGAGAAAAAAGAAGAAUCCUUCAAGUGAUAUUCCCAAGGCAGAAGAAGUCAAUCUUCAAUAACACCAUUUUGAUUAAGAAUAAUUAAUGAUGAUGUAUGAUAAGCACUUACUUCAUCAAAUGCCUUAUGAACAAUGGAACCCAUAUUACGAUAUGCACUAAAAUAUCAAAAAAGAGGAGGACUAAGACUAAGAACAAUAACAUAGUUAAUAAAUUCAACUAAAUAACUAAUAAGAAUAUGAAGAAUUCGCUAGACUCAAUUAUCAAAAGCAAAUGGAUUUCAUAGAAGGCCAUAAUUCAAUUGUCAAUGAAUAUUGA